GUGUAAGCUUGUUUCUUGUAAAUAUUAAGUCGAUAGAGAUAAAGAAAAGUCGAACUUGUACGAAAAUUCUCUUUUUCUUCACCCAACUCUCCGAAACACCACCCACCAGAUCUGUGUGCUGAUAUAUUACGUGGGUUUGUAAUGUGUGCGUGAGCUGGCGGAGAAGAAUGGCGUCCGAUACGGCGUCGUCUGUGGACGAACAGGCGCAGCAGCUGGUAGCUCUGGUUGGUUCAGUCGGAGGAGGAGGAGGAGGCUCCACUGAUAACAGAGGAAGGCAUCGGAUUCUCGCCGAACUCAGCGGCCUCGAGCAAGAACUCAAAUUCUUGGAGGAGGAGUUGGAAGAGCUCGAAAGAACCGAAAAUGUUUCAACCAUAUGUUCAGAGUUGCUGCCCUACAUCGAAGGCAGGCCGGAUCCUCUACUCCCAGUAACAAAUGGACCCGUAAAUCUGGUAUGGGAUCGAUGGUUUGAAGGGCCGCAGGAUUCACAAAGUUGCAGCUGCUGGAUACUCUGAUGAUUUGAAUCUGAUGCAAUCUAACAUUUGUUGCCAUCGUUUACAGGACAGGCUAUAGCUAGCACCAUCGUUAACCAUAUUGAAUGUAUAAUUGACCAUUGACUUCAUAUGAAGUUUGUACAUUAAAUUCACCAGUUUCGCUUCUUCA